UAUCGAUAAGAUGACGCGACGACUCUGUCAAUGCGAGUGCCACCUGCUGAAUUUUCCAUUGCAAAGCAUUAGCUUCAAUUUGUCUUCUCAGAUAAGUGAAUAAGUUUCAUCGAAUCAUUCAAGCACGACGGAAUGAGAAGUAAUGUGAACUCCGGCAAAAUGUCUGGUUUGUGUCGUAACGAUUCGUAGUCUCAGUGAAGGUGAAUCGGGAGCCUCCCAAGAGAAGACAGAAAGAAAGUAAAAAAUGAAGCACUACUGCGUGAAGCCGAUUUCAUCGAAAUGGACACAACAGGCAUGUUGCAUUAAGUUGCCAGGAUCGAACCUCGAGUAGUAUCAAUUAACGCUGCUACUCUGAUACCUUGUUUACUGCGAGAAGUCGCUGGCUAUGGGCUAAAAACGAUCUUCUCAUUUAGGGAUGAUUCCUUUCACGCGAUCAAAACGCCGUAUUGGUGUAUACGCAUGUUGCAUACCCACAGUUGUAACAUGAUUGCAAUAAUUAAAAAGAAAAGGACAUUGCGAGGAGAUCACAGGUGCAACAGUUCUCUGUUCAUCCGAACUUCAGGGAUUGGAUGAUCAUAAUCGAAUAAUCUUACCACGGUCAGUUCUAUCAUCGCCCGACUUGUGAAGGAUUGUAGUAGUGCGGCUGUGAGUGAAAUACAUAGAUUCUCUGCUUCUCAUUUCAUCGAUCCACUUUUCCAAAAGCCUGACAGAAAGUGCAUCGGAGAAGACUGGACUACCAUUUUGAUCUUCAUACUAUUCUGUCACUUUGUGUCCGAAGUCUUCUCUAGGAACUACUAGUGGCUACGCAUGGUGCGGGGAAAUUGAAGGUUCUUUGAGGGAAAGAUAAGAAGAUUUCAUGACAUGAACACGUCCAGUAAGCAGAAGAAUGUUCUCGGUCAGUCGUUGACGCGACGAAUAAAUUUUACCGAUACUCGAUGUCUUUCAAGCCUUUCAAUGAGCGAACCUUGGGAGAUUCCAUCGGAGCGCUGCGAAAGUGCCCUGAAGUUAGAGCGCCAGUACUCAAACGUGAGCAAACAGUAUCCUUCCAUUAUUGUAGUGUGUAUUCGGCGGGAUAAGUACCGAAUGUCAGUGAUCCACCAGUCCAGACUCGGGUUAUGCACAAGUCAACAUGGCUGCAUCGACAAAUCGGAGCAAUCGGUGGAACGCGUCAUGCAGACUUUGUGCAUUAAUCUUCCAACGGUGAUGAUGGUGCUGAAGUCAUGCUCUGUGUGACUCUGCGGGUGAAAAGUCGAAGGGGUUUCCAUCGUUCGGCACCACAGUUUCUGGCUUGUUGUGCGUAGUCGUCAUCUGCUGUGCCACCACGGGUUUGUUAUGAGCAGAAUGCUACAUCCAGAAACCUACUUUUAUUUUCCGAUUGUUGGGAGGAUUGGAGGCCUACUUUGACGGACGACGCAUCUUGUCUGUUGCCCACGACUCCCACCACUGUCGCUCCUUCGUUGUUUUUGCAAUCCGCGUUAUAUUCCUUUGUCACUGUGUGUUACAAGACUGGCUUUUUUCCUCGGGUUUAUGUACCUGAGUCAGAUAUCUAGGAGAAUGGGAACAGUGUUUGAUGAGAGGAGCGUUGUGAUGCAGUUGAUGCAAAAUAUCUCUCCUGAAAUGCUUGGAACUAAGUCGUAUGUGGUAGAACUUUUUCGUCGGUAAAAUUAGUGGCCGCAGAGUCGAAUUUUCAUGUUUGCCCGAUUGUUGCUCGAAUUUUGUGCGUGUAUGUGUGUGUGUUACAAAUAUACAAAGAAGCGUGCAAAUAUUUAAUUAUAUUUAGUCUUAAUUUCUCAGGAGAAUUUAUUAAUUUUUGAUAAUAUGCGGCGCAGUUUGGAGCGGAAACUUUUUCAUUCUCUCUCUUGCUCCAACUAACUGCGACUGCAUCGCUCUCCCAAUUUCGUUUUAGAGUUUCUUAUUUCCUCAUACCUCUGGGAUCCUCUUCCCGUUAUACUCUUAGCUUCAUUUAUCGCGUAUUUUAUAGAUUAUCGUAAUUAACCGAUAAUUACUCACAUUUUCGUACAAACGUUUUUCAGGAACGCCAGUGCAAAAAUUGCGAAUCAGCGAGCAACGUAGUUACUUUGAUGGCACCGCUCUGAAAACGAUUUCAUGGAUUUCAGUAGAAUAUGUGAAAUUGCAACAAGAAUUGGGGUAUAACGGAUUGGCUCUAUUUGAUCGAAUAUUACGAUGCGCUGAUCAAUCUCGAUCUGCUACCUCUCAUCUCAAGUUCCACGAAGCAUUGGAUUGGAGAGUUGAUUUUUUUAAGGUGAAGUUGAAUCUUCAACUGCACAAAUCAGAUUCUCCUUUGUGCAGUUGAAGAUCGUCACGAGUCCCAGUAAUCUAUGACUUCUACGAGCCAAUUGACAUAACUGCCUGAGACAGGAUAGACAAAUGAUCACGUUGUUUCAGUGAAAUUGCAUUCUUGCCUUUCAGCCAAUUGUGAGCAUCAAAGUAGGGAAAGUUAUGGCGAAGCGGCCGCACGAAAGUGGGAGACCAUGUAAAUUAUUUCUUACUCUGCUGACGGUUGCCGGCACUUGCUUGGCGGCCUAUUUCCUCUUGUCCCCUCUUCUCCCCAACCCCUAUUCCUCACAGAUAUCUCUACAUCGCGUAGCAUGGAAUUCUGCGGACCUGAAUAUCACAGGAUGUUGUAGGGGUUUAGAGCACACGGAGCUGUGGAGUGAGGCCGUGAAGUGGGGCAGUGACUUUCUUCUCAAUUCAACACAAGCGUGCUGCGAUGCUUGUAGAAAUCAUCCGAGGUGCAAUUCUUGGGUGUAUUGCGCUGAUCAAGCAAAGUGCGGGGAUUUUUAUCGUCAGUGCUGGUUGAAGAAGCAGAAGGAUCCUUUUGAUCCAGAAAUUCAUGACUCGAGCCCAUCAAAUCCUUGGACGUCUGGACUAGUGUUUGAAAGACAUUCUGGACUUAAUACCGUGGGAAUCUUAAUCGACAGUGGCACCUUGAGCGGAGAGGUCAUUCACCUGGAGUUGCUACCUGAAUGUUCACCAAAGUCAGUGUUGCACGUACUGGAGCUGGUCAAAUUGACCCACUGCACAGGCUGUCGCUUUUAUCGUGCGGAGGGACGUGGUAAAUUAUGGGACUCUAAUGGUUAUCAUAAUCCCAAGAUGAGUAGCACCGGACCGCCAUACGCGGUUGUCCAAGGCACACUGGAGGCUCAGCAUGUCGCUUUUAAGGGAAUUCCUAAAGAGUAUACACCUGUCAUUAGAAGAGGCAUGGUAGGUUGGGUGGGUGAAGGACCCGAAUUUUUCAUCAGCUUAGCAGAUCAUUUCGAGUGGCCUCGUAAGCACACGGUCUUCGCAACUGUAGCGGAAAACCACAUAUAUCUAUUAGAGAGCCUCGCGGAACUGCAAACAAAUGCAACUACGUGGGAAGGGGUAUCAGUUCAGGUUCUUGUCCAACCCAUCAACCUUAGAUUACAAAGAGUGACAAACCAGUGAUGCAUAUUCUUUAUGCAUUCUAGUGGCUUCGGCGAUUUUGUACGUAGAAUACCCAAGAAGUAGAAAAGCAUUUUAACGGCAAGUUAACAUACUCAUGGCUGUGUUAAAGCAGACCUGCCAAGUCACAAUCUCGAAAGCCUUCACAAUCGUAAAUUAUCUAAAUGUGCAGUGAUACUUUGUAGUUUUCAUACUUUUUUCUAACACUAAUCCCUUCAAAUUCUGUAGCUCUUGAACUUUCAGCAUCGUCAAUGUUGACAUGUGGCGCCUCUUUAUGGGGAAGUCCUGAAGUAAAUUAUGUCCCCUAAACUGAAAUUUACAAUACCUAGGCACUUCAGACGAUGUUAACUCUUUUGGUUGCCAUUAUGCUCAGUUAGGUUCAUUCUGAAAUCAAGUUGUCGGGUAAUUGUAUUUCUA